UGUCCAAGCGAGAUGAGUGAAGAAUUCGGCAAAUCCGGUUUGUACAUUGACGAUCUGUACACGUUACGUGUGAUCGACCCAGAAGUUGCCAACGAAACCAAUGAACUGAAGGAUGAGUGUGAACGGUUCACCGAAAAACUUACCGAUUUUCGUCGUAUCAUCGACCAGUUCGCGAACAUUGUCGAGGUGUUCGCGGCCGAGGUGGAUCAGGAAAAGAUGCGUGCGGUCGGUGUGCAAAACAUGUUGAAAACAUUCUCCAAGCAGCGCGAAUCGGAACAACAGCAAAUACAGAGUGAAAUUAUCGAGAAAAUGGUUGAGCUGGACAAGCUGAAGAUAGAAUACCAAUAUCUACAGCGCAUCGAAUCGGAGCAACAGGAAAUGAUCGAUAAUUUCUACCAGAAUCAAUAA